GGGCGUGGUCGAGGGAAAGGGGCGGGGUCAGUACUUGGUUAGAUUGUGUGCGCCUUCCGGGUCGGGACCAGCCGAGCAGAGUUUAACCCGGGCCGAGCCUAACGGGGCCGGGACGCGCCGAACCCGCUAGGGCCGAGCCUAACGGGGCCGGGAGCAGCCAAACCCGCUCGGGUCGAGCCGAACGGAGCCAGGAAUAGCGGAAGCCGCUCGGGCCGAGCCGAUCCCCUGCGGGCCAUGGGGCAGAUCGAGUGGGCCAUGUGGGCGAACGAGCAGGCGCUCGCCGCCGGCCUCAUCCUGGUGACGGGCGGGAUCGUGGCCGUGGCGGGGCAGUUCAAGGGCUGGUACUUCGCUGCGUACUCCAUCGCGGCAGGCGUCCUGGUCUGCCUGCUCGAGUAUCCCAGGAGCAAGAGGAAAAAAGGUUCCACUAUGGAGAGAUGUGGCCAGAAGUACAUGACAGCUGUGGUGAAGUUGUUUGGGCCCCUGACCAGGAAUUACUACAUCCGAGCCAUCCUUCACGCCGCCCUGGCCGUCCCUGCCGGUUUCCUCCUCUCCACCAUCCUGGGCACCGUCUGCCUGGGCAUCGCCAGCGGCAUCUACCUGCUGGCCGCGGUGCGUGGGGAGGAGUGGAGACCCAUCGAGCAGAAGCCCCGGGAGCGACCGCAAGUGGGGGGCACCAUCAAGCAGCCCCCCAGCAACCCCCCGCCCCGACCCCCUGCAGACGCCCGCAAGAAGCAGCCGAUGGAGGUGGGGGGGCAGGUGAACCCCAUCCCUGUGGAGGCUGAGUAACAGGGGGAUCCUCCUGCCCUGCUCUGCUGCUCCUGCUCCCGCUUCCCAGCUGCUUCCCAGAUUCACUAUGGGAAACAGGGGGCCCAGCUCCAGGAGAUUCCCAAGGCCCUGGGGCUGCUCAGCUCAUCCCCAGCUCCUGGUGAUGCUCAGAUCCCUGAGGAUCAUCAGUUCCCCCUGGGCUCCCCAGCUAUCCAAAGGAUUCCCAAAUCCCCAGGGAUGCUUAGAUCCCUGUGGGAUCUCCAGGCCCCAGGGGCUCUCCAACGUCUUGAGAUCCCCAAAUCUCUGGAAAUGCUCAGCUUUUCAGGUGUGUCUCCAGCUUCCAGGGCUCCUUAAAUUCCCAGUUAUAUGAUGGUCCCUGUGGGAUCUUCAGUCCCCAGGGGUUCCCCAACCUCUGGAGAUUCACAAAUUCCUGGGAUGCUCAGCUUCCUGUGAGGUCUGCAGCCCCUAAGGGCUUCCCAGCUUCUGAGGAUCCCCAAAGCCCUGGACAUGUUCAGCUCCCUGAGGGUGUCCCAACUCUCCAAGCAGCUCCCAGUUCCCUGGGGUAUCCCCAAAUCCCUGUGAAACACCAGCUCUCAGGGACCCUCAGCCCCAGGGGA